CUCUGACCUCUAUGACACACAAGCUGGCGUAAUUGGAAACCUGUCCAUUUGGAAACAUAUAAAAUAUAUUCAGAUCCAUACCUCUCCGAUUAUGCUUUCAAGAAAUGUCUUUAGGUUGAAAUUUGUUUAACAAAAUCUAAUUGCUACGCAGUGACGUCAUGUAAUCAGCCGUCGCCCGUGACGUCACCUGCCAGGAACAGCGAAGAUGGCGACGACCGGGACGUUUCACCUGCGGCGCAUCAUCUGCUUCGCGGCACUCGGCGUCUUCCUGCUCAGCCAGCCGGGCGGUUGCGGCGAGCAGGUGCCGCUGGUCUUAUGGACCCACCAAUGGACCCCACAAGCAAAGCAGCCCCCCCUUGCAGCAGGUCACAUUGUCGAGCAGCAGCAAAUGGCCACUUACCUAGAUAAAACUCUCAACUCCGGCCCCCGAAACGUGGUGCUGUUUCUUCAGGACAAGAUGAGCGUGGAGGAUUUCACGCUAUACGGAGGAGCUUUUGGAAAUAAGCAGGACAGCGUUUUCCCCAACCUGGAGAGCGCUCUGAGGUCGUCAUCGUACUCCAUGGUGCUUCCGGCUGUGUCCUGGCAGGCCUCCGACACAGUGAUUGGCCACCUGCGAGAGCGGCUGGAAACCUCCCCUCUAUACAUGGACCCCGACACGCUGAGUCAGCUCACGCUCAACGCCUCGUCUCCAGCUCUGCUCGUUUUCCGACUGCCCUAUUACAUCGGGUCUGAUCUAAUGUCUGCCAAAGAGGUUCUAAGUGGCAACGACGAGGUGGUGGGCCAGGUUGUGAGUGUCAUGAAGAGCCAGUCUGUCCCAUACACGGCCAUCUACACCGCCCUGCGGCCUUCCAGGGGGGCACCGUCACUCUCCAUGGAGGCCGCCCUGUCCGGCGGGCGCUCGCUGCUGCAGGCCCGUGGCAGCUACAGAGACCGCGAGCGAGAGCAGGAAAGACAGCGGAAAAUGAAGGAGAAGGCUGGCGUCUAUGCACCAGUGGACUUUAAGGAAGGGGAGAGCAGCUGCAUCCUCCUGUGGGCCAAGGGCCUGUCAGUCAGCAUCCUGCGCAGCGGCCGCUGGGAGUUACAUGACCUCACCCCGUCCACCUUUGGCGAGGGCGUCAGUCCGAAGCUGCACGGUUCCAGCUGUGGCAAAUCCAAAGCAAGACUGGCGCUUAAUUAUGAAAACGUGCUUGGAUACAGCAACUUCAAACUGAUCUUUGCGCUGAGCCAGCGCCAUUACUCUGUGUCGGCACGUCGCUGGUUCACGUUGGACACCGUCGAGUUGGAAUACAACGGCACCAAGGCCACGUUUAACGGCAGUAGGAAUAUUUACGCCCCCGCCGAGUACUCGUACCGCUGCGAGUGCGUCAGCAGCUUCCGGUGGCCGCAGCUCGUCCCGCACUCUUCCAAAGAUCCAGCCAGUCAGUGGAGGGUCACCUUUGACAACUUUCAAAUUCAAGGCUUCAACGUGAGCGGCAGCAAGUUCUCAUACGCCUCGGACUGCGCUGGUUUCUUCUCACCCGGGAUCUGGAUGGGCCUGAUGACGAGUGUUCUCAUGGUCCUAGUGCUCACCUACGGCUUGCACAUGAUCAUGCAGCUCCGCACCAUGGACCGCUUCGACGACCCCAAAGGUCCAGCCAUCUCUGUGCCGCAGACAGAGUGAAGUCUUGCCAUCUGUCAUGACUGUUCUCAUGGUCGUCCUACUGUCUUUCCAUGUACCGCUCCCCACCCCGGCCCUGUGCCCCUGCUCCUUUUCUCCCACAACGACACUUCCACCCUCACCCUGCCCUCAUUUGUGUUUGGUUUGUGGUAUAUAAUGAGUAAUAGUGUUAUUCUUGUAUCCUAAAGCAUCUUUUGGUUUUCAAAAAAGUUAUUGACAGAAAAAAAGUUGUGCACAAACUGAAGCUUGAUGUCAGAAUAAUUUAGUCCCACAUGUACAAAUAUGAAAUUUAAGUGUUAUUUAUUGGUGAAGGUGUUGUUUACUGCUGUUUUUUUUUUUUGUUUUGUUCAGAGAAGGGAGUGUGUUUGAUUUCACUACUGAAACUGAAGUGAAGUAAAGGUGUUGUAAUGUCAUUAAAAAUAUAUGUGUGUAAAACA